CCUCCUCCGGCAGCAGCCCAGGAUCGUCGCCCUCGCCCUCGCCGCCGCCGCAGCUUCUGGUUCCUGGCGGAGGCCGCCCCCUUGCAAAUGGUGAGAAAUGGCCCAUGAGAACCACGGCAGCUCUGGGGAAGAAGCUGCUCUGAUGAGCCACUCGCCCAGCACCUCCCACCAGAACCAGCCCAGCUCCCCCAAACCUGUCCGGCAGGUCCAGGAUUUGCCAGAUGAGCUGGUGCAGGCCGGCUGGGAGAAGUGCUGGAGCAAGCGGGAGAGCCGCCCCUACUACUUCAACCGCUUCACCAACCAGUCGCUCUGGGAGAUGCCGCUUUUGGGGCAGCACGACGUCAUUUCUGACCCUCUGGGCCUGAACGCCACCCCGAUGCCUGCAGAAGGGGCAGUUGGCGAUGCGGCUGCUGCAGCUACUGCUGCCGCUGCUGCUGCUGCCGCCGCCGCCGCCGCUGCUGCUGCCGCCACUUCUGAAAACAAGAUGCGAAAGCGGAGACUCUCUGAGGAGGUUCAGCCCAGCGGCAACAGCGUGAAGAAGCCCAAGGUGGAUGUCCCGGCAAACGCCCCUACUCAGCCAACACCCAACUCCUCCAACGCCCCUGGGGCGGCUCUGCUGAAGAUGUUUGGUGUCUCUCCUGAAGACAAGCAGGCGGCUCUUUUGCGACCCACCGAAGUGUACUGGGACUUGGACAUCCAGACCAACGCCGUGAUCAAGCAGAGGGCGCCCUCGGAGGUGCUGAGCCCCCACCCGGAAGUGGAGCUUCUCCGGUCCCAGCUGAUGCUGAAGCUGCGCCAGCAUUACCGGGAGCUCUGCCAGCAGCGAGAGGGGAUCGAACCUCCGCGGGAAUCCUUCAACCGCUGGAUGCUGGAGCGGAAAGUGGUGGACAGAGGGACGGAUCCUUUGCUGCCGAGCAACUGUGAACCGGUCGUGUCUCCUUCCAUGUUCAGAGAAAUCAUGAAUGACAUUCCCAUCAGAUUGUCCCGCAUCAAGUUCCGGGAGGAAGCCAAGCGGCUGCUCUUCAAAUACGCUGAGGCUGCAAAGAGGCUCAUUGAGUCCAGGAGUGCCUCCCCAGACAGCAGGAAGGUGGUGAAGUGGAACGUGGAGGACACCUUCAGCUGGCUGCGACGGGACCACUCCGCCUCAAAGGAAGACUACAUGGACCGCCUGGAGCACCUGCGCAAGCAAUGUGGGCCCCACGUGUCGGCAGCAGCCAAGGACUCUGUGGAGGGCAUUUGCAGUAAGAUCUACCACAUCUCUCUGGAGUACGUCAAGCGCAUUCGUGAGAAGCACCUGGCCAUCCUCAAGGAGCACAACAUCUCUGCGGAGGCAGAGACUCCAGAGGUGCAGGACCGGCUUGUCUACUGCUACCCGGUGAGGCUGGCCGCCCCUUCCCCCCCGCUGCCAAACGUGGAGAUCCACGUGGAGAACAACGUGGUGUGCGUCCGCUACAAGGGAGAGAUGGUGAAAGUCAGCCGCAGCUACUUCAGCAAGCUGUGGCUGCUUUAUCGGUACAGCUGCAUCGACGACUCGGCCUUUGAGCGCUUCCUGCCGAGAGUGUGGUGCCUCCUCCGCAGGUACCAGAUGAUGUUUGGCACCGGGCUCUACGAGGGGACCGGCCUGCAGGGGGCGCUCCCGGUGCACAUCUUCGAAGCCCUGCACAAGCUCUUUGGCGUGAGCUUUGAGUGCUUUGCCUCCCCCUUGAACUGCUACUUCAAGCAGUACUGCUCGGCCUUUCUGGACACAGAUGGCUACUUCGGCUCGAGGGGUCCCUGCCUGGAUUUCUUCCCCAUCAGUGGCUCGUUUGAGGCAAACCCUCCAUUCUGUGAGGAGCUGAUGGAUGCCAUGGUGUCCCACUUUGAGAAGCUGCUGGAGGCCUCCAAUGAGCCCCUGUCCUUCAUCGUCUUCAUCCCAGAGUGGCGGGAUCCUCCCACGCCGGCCCUCACCCGCAUGGAGCAGAGCCGGUUCAAGCGCCACCAGCUCAUCCUGCCCGCCUUCGACCACGAGUAUCGCAGCGGCUCCCAGCAUGUCUGCAAAAAGGAGGAGAUGUACUACAAAGCUGUGCACAACACCGCUGUCCUCUUCCUGCAAAACAACUCCGGCUUCGCCAAGUGGGAGCCCAACGCCGAGAGACUGCAGGAGCUCGUCACGGCCUAUAAGCACUCGGGGCGGACCCUGGCUUCAUCUGCCUCCUCCUCCUCCUCGUCUUCCUCUUCAGCUUCAGAGAAGGAGCGAGAGACAGUUCAGGACCAGAGCACCAGCCGGGAGACCACCCCGAACUAGCGCACUCCUGGCUAGGCUGACGGGCAGCGGCGGUGGGAGAGGACUCUGCUCCCAAGGGAGGGGAGGGGGCUGGCCCCACAGUGCUGGAGGCGGGGAUCAGCUCCUCCGCAACGUCUGGCUUCCUCUCCAGCCCCUCAGGCCCUUCCUCCUCCCUCCCUGGGGGGCGUUCCCCCGCCCCCGUAUGCUCCACGCAGCGGCAGGACCGGCUCCUGGCCUCCUUGAGGUGUGCUGGGCGAGGAGGUGCCUGCCGCCCACGUCGUAGCUCCCCCACGGAUCCCACAGGGCAGGUGGGACGGACAGCGGGGUGAGGGUC